AUGGCUAAUGAAUCGACAAAGAAUUUCUCCAAUUUGGAAACUCCGGGUUAUGUAGGAUUUGCCAACUUGCCCAAUCAAGUGCAUCGUAAAUCAGUGAAGAAGGGCUUUGAGUUUACAUUAAUGGUUGUUGGUGAAAGUGGACUUGGAAAAUCAACACUUGUCAAUUCUCUCUUCCUUACUGAUCUUUAUCCAGAACGUGUUAUUCCUGAUGCUACUGAAAAAACAAAUCAGACUGUGAAAUUAGAUGCAUCAACUGUGGAGAUUGAAGAAAGAGGUGUUAAACUACGUUUAACUGUUGUUGAUACUCCAGGCUAUGGUGAUGCCAUUGACAAUACUGACUGUUUUCGUUCCAUAAUUCAAUACAUAGACGAACAAUUUGAGCGAUUCUUGCGUGACGAGAGCGGCCUCAACCGACGCAACAUCGUUGACAAUCGCAUACAUUGCUGCUUCUAUUUCAUAUCACCAUUUGGGCAUGGGUUGAAACCGCUCGACAUUGAAUUCAUGAAGCAACUCCAUAAUAAAGUGAACAUUGUACCCGUUAUCGCGAAAGCUGAUUGUCUUACAAAGAAGGAAGUGCAGCGACUUAAAAGCAGAGUCAUGGAAGAAAUUGAGAGGGAAGGCAUUAAGAUUUAUCCAUUGCCAGACUGUGAUAGCGAUGAGGAUGAAGAUUACAAGGAACAGGUGCGGCAGCUGAAGGCGGCCGUGCCGUUCGCGGUGUGCGGCGCCGGGCAGCAGCUGGAGGUGCGCGGCCGCCGCGUGCGUGGCCGCCUCUACCCCUGGGGCGUCGUCGAGGUCGAGAACCCCGACCACUGCGACUUCAUCAAGCUGCGCACUAUGCUUAUUACCCAUAUGCAAGAUCUGCAAGAAGUGACACAGGAAGUGCACUAUGAAAACUACCGUUCAGAGAGGCUGGCUCGUAAUGGACAAGUCCCUAAACGACACACAUCGACGGAGAGUGGUCUGAGUGAAGCUGAUUCAAAUGGACAUAAUGGAUCUAACGAAGAUUCUUCUGAACGAGAACGUGCGCUACGUGAAAAGGAGGCUGAAUUACGUCGCAUGCAAGAAAUGCUGGAACAAAUGCAGCGUCAGAUGCAGCUUCAAGCGGCUGCCAGCACUACCACCGCAUAG